GGGCAUUUUAGCACGAAAUGCAAAUAUGUUGCCCAUCAACUACGAAUCAUGGCAUCACAUGCCUGAUAGCAACAAAAACCAGGCUCUCGCUAAUAUUAAGGAGAGAUUUGCUUUAGAAGUCUCCGAUGAUUAUAUCAAGAAGGCAUUAGGUAAAAGAUGGAGAGACAAUAAAAGCACUUUAAAGAAACAAUAUUUUAAGAAAGACAUAAGCCUCGAGGAAAAACUGAGAAAUGUUCCGCCAGGAAUGCUGAGGUAUCAAUGGGAAGAUGCGGUUAGAUUUUGGAAUUCAAAGAAAGGAGAGGACCGUGAGCGAGUUGGAACAAGCAAGAGCAAAAACAAAAUUCACGCACACCGGCAGGUCGAGAAGUUUUAUCAGAAUGAGGCCGAGGUAUUAUGA